CUCGCCGUCUGCUCAACAGCCCACACAGCAAACAGGGAUUGUCCGAUAAAAGGGCUCCGUCCAGAAUGUCGGUGGCCAGCAGAAACCCCUUUGCGCUCCUCGAAGACGAUGCGUCUUCGCGACCCUCCACUCCCGCCUCUGCUCCUGCGAAGGAGACUCCUGCACCAGCCCCUGCUCCCGGUCGCGGUGCCCAGAAGACCCGGGGCGGCCCCGCUUCCCGCGGUGGACGCUAUUACCAGCGCGGCGGCAAGUCCUCUGGUCCCCGUGAGAGCCAGAACGGCGAGGUAGCUGCUGAGGACGGUGCUGAGCCCCACAAGCCUUCUGGAGAGGGCCGUGGUCGCGGACGUGGAGGUAGGGGUCGCGGUGGCGAUCGUGGCCGUGGCGGUCGCAGACCCUUCGACAGGCAUAGUGCCACUGGCAAGACCGACUCUGAGAAGAAGGUCCACCAGGGAUGGGGCGGUGACGAGGGCACCGCCGAGCUCAAGGCCGAGACUGCUGCCGAGAAAGAUGCUCAGGCCGAAGCUGGGAACCCUAUCGCCGAGGGCUGGGGCGCUGAGGCCUCGACGGACGCUUGGGCCGCUCCAGCUGAGGGCGCUGAGGGCGCUGAGGUCGUUGAGGGCACUACGCCCGCUGAGGGCGAGAAGGCUGAGGGCCGUCGCCGUGAGGAGGAGGAGGACAACACCCUCACACUCGACGAGUACUUCAAGCAGCAGAAGGAGAAGCAGCUCGAGAUUAUUCCUCAGCUCGAGACCCGCAAGGCUAACGAGGGUGAUGAGACCAUCUGGAAAGAUGCUGUCGUUGUCAACAAGAAGGCCGACGACGAUGACGACGCCUAUUUCGUCGGCAAGACUAAGGCUUCCGCUCCCAAAACUCGCGCUAAGAAGGAGGAGAAGGUGUUUUUGGAGAUCGAUGCUCGUUUCGAACGUCCCCAGCGUGGCAUCCGGGGCGGUCGUGGUGGCGACAGGCCUGCUCGUGGCAGUCGAGGCCGUGGUGGCAGGGGCCGUGGUCAGAACGGCAAUAGUAACGCACCCGCGUUGAACGUGGAUGACCAGACGGCUUUCCCCUCUCUGUCCUAAGUUCAUUCUGAACGCUUUCAGCAGUCCUGAAGGUUGCUAUGUAGCAAAACCUCAACAGCCUCAGUAACUAUCGUGCCAACUUCGCCUGUAUUUGUUUCUCUGAAAGUGUUGUUGCAUAUCUCUUUGCAUUGUGGCUUUUCUCCAUCCUCGUCCUCCUGUUUUCUUGUCGUCUCCCUUCUUUUCGGUUCUCACGUCCCAUGCUCGAUCUUCUAUCCUGUAGUAGCGCUCCUUUGUGUCCGCACCGAGAAACGAAAGCUAUGACAUGACGAUC